GCAAAUCAAUCACGUGACUAAGCUGAACCCUUUUUUUUCCUUUCUCUUCCUCCAAAGGAGAGAGAGUUAAAUUCACAAACUGUCACGAAUGUUUUUAUCAAUUCUUAGCUUGUAACAUUCAUUUACGUAUUCUCGUAUGUAUCUACAUACUUAUAAGAGAUUUUAGCAGCUUGUACUCUUAAAUAAAAGCGAAGAAUAUCUGUUGGUGGGGUCAUCCAUCUUAUCAUUAAAACCUGCUCUUUUCUCAUUGACCGGGUUAAGGUAGGAAGAGUCGAGCAGGGGAGAAGUGCACGUUGCCGCUUCUUAACUCGAGCGAAACGACGAUUUUUGCAUAACGCCACCCAAGCGCGCACUCACUACGACAUUUGCAUUUGUGAUGCGUGACACCCGACCCAUCGCACACCUCGUGGAGUCCUCUUCCGCCGAAAUAGUUCGCUUAAGGGGGAUCCAACGGUCAUCAACGUUGUAUUAAACUAGGGUAUAGGAAGAGGAGGGGUGAAGCGGGGGGUCCGGUGUGACGUCGACGUGGUGCCUUAGCGCCAGGUGCUAGUCGAAUAACACGGUACGGAACUAGAGAGACGACGCGGAGGGAGACGGUGUGUGUCGGUCGGUGAUUUUAUCGCCGAGUGGCUCUACGACUUGGCGCAUUUUGUUAGACUGUGAGGUUGGAGAGGUUGUGUUUGGGAUAGACGUCGACCACACUUUACGUUGUGUUUUCUUCUGUUUUGUAAUCGGUUUUCUGUUUCUUGUUCGACAUCGUCUGUAGCAGUGAGAAAAGUCUUGGAGGAGAACCGAUAGCUGGACAUAACGAGAACCAAGAACGCCACUUCAAGGUACAAACAUGAAUGGAAUGGACGGGAAUCCAGGGGUCCAAUUACAACAGAACGGCACGCUUCACAAUUCCGUACAAGGUUCGUCACCGGAGGAUAGCAAGACCAAUUUGAUAGUUAACUAUUUACCGCAGGCAAUGUCGCAGGAAGAGAUUCGUAGUUUAUUCUCUAGCAUCGGCGAGGUGGAAUCGUGUAAAUUGAUCAGAGACAAAGGAACAGGUCAGAGUCUAGGUUACGGAUUCGUUAACUAUGUUCGGUCCGAAGAUGCGGAGAAAGCCAUAAAUACACUUAAUGGUUUGAGAUUGCAGAACAAAACCAUCAAGGUAUCGUACGCUCGACCGAGCAGCGAAGCCAUCAAGGGAGCUAACCUUUACGUCAGUGGACUUCCAAAGUCGAUGACCCAACAAGAUCUGGAGGGAUUGUUUCUACCUUUCGGUCGCAUCAUCACUUCGCGCAUCCUCUGCGACAACAUUACAGAGGUUGACGUUCUUUCUUCUCCCCCAGGUCUUUCCAAAGGCGUUGGGUUUGUUCGUUUCGACCAGCGGAUCGAAGCCGAGAGGGCCAUUAAACAUCUACAUAACACCAUUCCCGAAGGUGCCACCGAACCUAUCACAGUGAAGUUUGCCAAUAAUCCCAGCAACAACACCAAAGCCAUAGCACCACUGGCUGCCUAUCUGCCUCCCCAACGCCGUUUUCCUGGUCCCAUUCACCAUCCUGCAAACCGGUUCAGGUAUAUUCCUCUGUCACCAGUCUCCAGGUACUCGCCUCUGGCAGGUGAUCUGCUGGCAAGUCCACUGCUUACAGGAACGGCCAUCAACGGAUCCGGUUGGUGUAUAUUUGUAUACAACUUAGCACCGGACACGGAGGAGAACCUGUUGUGGCAAUUAUUUGGACCAUUCGGAGCUGUUCAGAGUGUCAAAGUGAUUAGAGAUCUGCAGACCAACAAGUGCAAAGGAUUCGGAUUUGUGACAAUGACCAACUACGACGAAGCAGUGGUUGCUAUACAGAGUUUGAACGGUUACACGCUGGGCAGCAGGGUCUUGCAGGUCUCCUUCAAGACUAACAAGUCCAAGUCCUAAGUGCAACCUACCUCUUUAACCCCCGGGACUGCGAAGCUGAGGUGUGCAGGAAGAGGGAGCGUGAUUUUUGAUUUCUACGAAGCCGCCGCGAGAUCUUUAAAGAAAAAUAAUAAUAAAUGAAGAAUAAUUAAUUAAACAUCCGAAUCCCCUCUUCCCGACCACCUCAGUCGCCUCCGAAAACUGUCUGCCUCACCGAAUAUUGUCGGAUGGGUGACGUUCCACGAAAUUAAAAAAAAAAAAACAAAAAAAAAACAAACGAUACCAAGGUCGGGAGGACACAUCUCUCUAGUGUUUUUGAGCAUAUAGAUCUCUUGUGCUGUUCCUCCAGCAGAAAUAUCUGCUAAAAAGUCAUUAUUAUUAUUAUUUUCUUUAUUUAUUUUUUUGUUAGCUAAUUUAUCUUUUUAAAAACCAGGUAGAUGGUCCGGUACGCCAGGAAUUGUUAACGAAAAAAGUCAAGUUAAAAAAAAAAAUAAUAAUAAUACUCCGCAGGGGUUAGUCUUUUUACUUAUUGUUAGAAUCCCAUUUAUUCCGACUCCUCCUGCAAGUUUUUCUAGUCACAAAUUUUGACCUGUCGUACCUGGAUAAGUUCUACCUUUUAGUCAAUUAAGAAUAUUUUAACUUAUAUAUUUGCUAACCUAUAUAGUUGUAAUAUAUACAUAUAUAUAUUAUUAUUAUAAUUAUUAUAUAUAUAUAUAAUGUAACGCAAGAAGUGUUUACUUGUAUUUUCAUUGAUAACAGUUGAUAGUAGAUAGACCUCUCCCCCUCAUCCUUAGUUUAAUCUUUAUUUUAUUUCUGUGUGUGUUUUUUUUUCUUUUGAGUUUUGCACGAACCGAGUUUCGUUCUUGUUUUUUUUAUUAUUAUUAUUAUUAUUUUUUGUUUUAAUAUAUAUAUUAUAUUAUAAUUAAUUAAAUUAAUUUCUACGUUUUUCAUCUCUCUCCUUUGAGACAUUUCUUUUUGUAUGAAUUUUUUUGUUUAAAAAAAA